ACCACCGAAAGAAACACAGAGUUUCAGCAGAGAAGUGAGACCCCAGCAGAGUGCAAACCAGAGGUCUUCCUUCUUCCCCCACCAUGGCUGCCAUGUGGUCACCGAUCAUCGGUCUCCUCCUGCUCCUGCUCCCACUCGGGCCCUCCUCCGCCAUCAAGUUCCCGCUCGAAGGCAAUGUGUACCCUGUUGGCCACUUCUAUGCUACGUUGAACAUUGGUGAACCCGCGAAGCCCUACUUCCUGGACGUCGACACUGGCAGCAACCUCACCUGGCUGGAGUGCCACCACCCGGUCCACGGCUGCAAGGGCUGCCACCCGAGGCCACCACACCCAUACUACACGCCAGCAGACGGCAACUUGAAGGUGGUAUGUGGCAGCCCGCUAUGUGUUGCAGUGCGCAGAGACGUGCCUGGGAUCCCUGAGUGCUCCAGGAAUGAUCCACAUCGGUGCCACUACGAGAUUCAGUAUGUCACCGGGAAGUCAGAAGGUGACCUCGCCACCGACAUCAUUUCUGUCAAUGGGAGAGACAAGAAAAGAAUCGCUUUCGGAUGUGGGUACAAGCAGGAGGAGCCAGCAGACUCACCGCCCUCGCCGGUAGAUGGCAUCCUUGGACUCGGGAUGGGAAAGGCAGGCUUCGCCGCGCAACUCAAAGGGCAUAAGAUGAUAAAAGAGAACGUCAUUGGGCAUUGCCUCAGCAGCAAAGGAAAGGGCGUCCUCUACGUCGGGGACUUCAAUCCGCCCACCCGCGGCGUAACCUGGGCACCCAUGAGAGAAUCCUUGUUUUACUACUCACCUGGCCUAGCAGAGGUGUUCAUUGACAAGCAGCCGAUAAGAGGGAAUCCAACAUUCGAGGCUGUGUUUGACAGCGGUUCCACCUACACCCACGUACCUGCCCAGAUAUACAACGAGAUUGUUUCAAAGGUUAGAGGCACUCUCAGCGAAUCGUCACUUGAAGAGGUGAAGGGUCGUGCUCUGCCUCUAUGCUGGAAAGGGAAGAAGCCAUUCGGAUCUGUCAAUGAUGUGAAGAACCAAUUCAAGGCACUGUCACUAAAAAUUACCCACGCCCGCGGCACCAACAACCUCGACAUCCCUCCUCAAAACUACCUCUUCGUGAAGGAAGACGGGGAAACGUGCCUGGCUAUCCUCGAUGCCUCGUUGGAUCCUGUUCUCAAGGAACUCAACUUCAUCUUGAUCGGAGCUGUGACGAUGCAGGAUCUGUUUGUGAUAUACGACAACGAGAAAAAGCAGCUCGGAUGGGUCCGUGCGCAGUGCGACAGGGUGCAGGAGCUUGAAUCCGUCAUCGAUUCGCGUCUCUGAAUAAUGUUCCGGCCGACAUAGCCAAGAGCCUUAACGAGAACAAAUGAGUGCUCUCGUAUAUAUGGUGUUUGAAACGCUGUAUGAUGUUCCCGCUUAUAACGAAUAAAAUGUUGAUCAUA